AUGUCGUCACUUCCAACGCAGCCUCGAAGCUGGUCUAAAGAAGAUUUCACCAUCUCCACCGAUAAAAAGUACCUGUCAAUUCCAUCAAUCAACAAGGCAUUUGGGGAAGAUUUCAUGUACUGGGUCAACCCAGUCCCAGAACCAGUUUUGCUGGAAAUAAUCAACAACUCCUUCUGUCUUGGACUCUACAGAGUCAUCCAAGGCGCAAACAGCAAAGCUGGAAGCCAGCCUUUGGAGGCCUUGGAGGCGGAAGAUGUUGAACAGAUCGGGUUUGCACGACUGGUCACUGACAGCGUUACUUUCGCGUAUCUCACAGACGUAUAUGUUUUACCUGAGUAUCAGGGCCGUGGGCUUGGUGGAUGGCUCCUUGACUGUGUGAAUGAACUACUGGAUCCACUGCCCUACUUGCGGUGGUCUAUGCUUCGGACUUCGGCGCUGAAAAGCCAACAGUCCUAUGAAAAAAGGUUGGGUAUGAAUGUUCUCCAUUCUGGUGAUAUUAAGGAUGGUCCAGUGAUGAUGGGCAAGAAAGGAAGAGCAGGGAGAGCUUGA